GCAGUGGUUGAGAGUCUGCCUGCCAAUGCAGGGGACACGGGUUCGAGCCCUGGUCUGGGAAGAUCCCACAUGCCACGGAGCAACUGGGCCCGUGAGCCACAACUACUGAGCCUGCGCGUCUGGAGCCUGUGCCCCGCAACGGGAGGGGCCGCGAUAGUGAGAGGCCCGUGCACCGCGAUGAAGAGUGGCCCCCGCUUGCCGCAGCUAGAGAAAGCCCUCACACAGAGAUGAAGACCCAACACAGCCAAAAGAAAGAAAGAAAGAAAGAAAUCUUAUAAAUAAAUCUGUCCAAUCUUAGCCAGCUUUGACUACACAAAAUAAGAUUCCUUAAAAAAAAAAAAAAAAACCUAACCCAAAGGCAGCACCUGAGUCAUUAUUAAAAAAAAAAAAAAAAAAUGUCCAUUAACUCCCUCCAGCUGGAAAGCUACCCCAACAAAACUUCUGUUUGUGGAGGGUUUAAGCUUGCUCACUCUGAGGGCAUGGGCCCAGCUGGGUCUGCCUCAUCGGAAGGUGUGCCCAGGGCAGUGGGCACCCUUAGGUGUCUUGCCAUGGCUUGAGAGUAUGUUCUCUCUGUCAGGAGGUAUUGGAUCCUCAAGGCCCACCUUGGCCAGGGCCCUUGGGAAGCCCACAGUGCUGGGGCAGGGGGUGAGGGUGAUGUCCCUUUGCGGAGGCUCUUUUAUGUCUUCAGGAGAGGAAACCCCAUUUCCCUACUACCACCAGGCCCUCGGUGAGUCUUGCCAGGCAUCCGACAGGAAAGAACCUUUUGUUCUGAGCUUGUAGGAAGUCUGAGCUGGACUUGUUAUCUACCCACAGCAUUUCCUGGAUAGGGGGCCUGGACAGGGCUGCACUAGGGGCUGGCUCCCAGCCUUGGCCUUGGUUCCUUCCUCUCAGCGUCUGGGGCCGGGGAGGCUGCCCAUGGCAAGGUCUAGGUCUUCACGAAAGGCUGGUGAGAACUGAGUGACACCUCCACCAUCCGGCUGCAAGGAAGGGGCGAGUCCCUCAGGGCUGCAGGAGCGGCAAGAUGUCCUUUAUGAUUCAUCUGGAGGAAAAAUCCCGGCACCUUCAAGGAAUUUGCUCACUUCUCUGUGUUUGUUUCACCUGUGAACCCCACCUGAGAAAACCCAGGGCCUCCUGAAACAGAAAGUAAAGCACUGGCACUGGGCCCUCCUGCUCCGGCCAGAACUUGGAGGACUCCGACUUGCUCCCUCAUUGCAGGUGGAAGUGCAGCCAGCAGUCGCCUCGGCAUAGAGCCACCUCGGCAUGGAGAGCCCUGCCCGCCCAGCACCCGCCCCCGCGGCGCUGCUUUACUAUGUGGCCUUCUCCCAGCUGCUGGGCCUGGCCGUGGUGGCCAUGACUGGCACCUGGCUCGGUGUGUACCGAGGAGGCAUCGCCUGGGAGAGUGCCCUGCAGUUCAAUGUGCAUCCCCUCUGCAUGAUCAUAGGCCUGGUCUUCUUGCAGGGAGAUGCCCUGCUGGUUUACCGUGUCUUCAGGAAUGAGGCCAAACGCACCACCAAAAUCCUGCACGGGCUGCUGCACGUCUUCGCCUUCGUCAUCGCCCUGGUGGGCCUGGUGGCGGUGUUCGACUACCACAGGAAGGAGGGCUACGCCGACCUGUACAGCCUGCACAGCUGGUGUGGCAUUCUGGUCUUCGUCCUCUUUUUCGUGCAGGACCAAAUACAGCAAGUUCGAGCCCGAGGGCGUCCUGGCCAACGUGCUGGGCCUGCUGCUGGCCGCCUUCGGCGCGGUCGUGCUCUACAUCCUGACCCGCGCCGACUGGAAGCGGCCCCUCCAGGCGGAAGAGCAAGCGCUCUCCAUGGACUUCAAGACGCUGACGGAGGGCGACAGCCCCAGCUCCCAGUGACGCGCGCCCCGUGCCAUCCCGUCCCGUCCCGCGAGGCGGUCUCCGCCGUUUCGGGGUCCCGACAGGUGUCUGUCCCGCACCCGCCGAGGCUCCGGGGGUGGGGAGCGGGGGUGGGGCAGCCCUCCGCCCUGCGCGCUGAUUUCCGGGGUUCAGGCGCCCUCCGCUUUUCCCUCCUCGCUGCUGCUGCUGCUGCUGCCGCCACUGUGUUAGUCCUGCGCAGACCCCCGCCCCCGUUGCCCCUGCCACCCCCUCAGAUGGAGCAGCUUUGGGUAGGGUUCUGGGCGGUUGGGCCUGGUCGCAGAAGCACAGAUCCCUAAAGGGGUCGGAGAGUGGGGGGGCGGCUCCCCGCUCGGGGCAGCGGGGCCUGGGCUGUGUCUGCGGAGAAGGCGGGGCUCAGCGCCGUGCCUGGCGAGGCCAAGACUUGCUUUGUGUGACACCGAACUCCAACCAGGAGUCUUGCGGGCCCAGCCUUUGGCAGCGGAGCAAGUGAUAUUAUGUGUAAAAUAUGCUGGUGUCAGGGCAGGGUUCCCCAGGAGAGGGGAGGGACUGGCCCUUGGGAAGCUCUGGACGCGUGGCUUCGGCCCAGCUGCGCUCUGCAGCCUUCUCUUUCUUUAACCCCUUAGCCCCAGGGCGGCUUUCUUUGCCUUUGGGGCCCAGCAGCCCGAAGAAGAGGCAGGAGGUGGGCCUGGGCGGGCGCUGCGGGCCGUGUGCCGCCUGCAGGGGCUCCCCUCCCCGCGGGGGGGGGACGGCCUCGGCGAGCCAGCUGCCCACCAGCUGCCCACCCUCGGAGCUCACUCAGGCGCUGCUCUGACAGAGGCCCAGGACACAAGCCUUUUUGCUUUAAACAAAAAGCUGCCGCUGUUGCCCCCUUUCCCUUCCCAUAGGGAGGGUAGGGGCUGCCUGAUCAGGAGGAAAGCCUCAUCCUCUCCUACCUGGGGCCCAUCUUUGCAGGAAGUUGGGACCAAGUCAGAAUCGGAUUAAUCCCCCCAACCCCAUGAGUGUGUAGUGCUGUUAGCUGAGUCACUGUUUGGCUUCUGUCUAGAAAUAACGUGAUUACAGCAUCGAUCUUGUGCUUCUUGGACCUGGUGAAUGCUCUCUCCUUGUUUUCCUCGUUUUCCGGGCUUUGAGGAGCAUGGCACUGUUUGAGACAAGACACAGUUUACUUAGAUGAAGACAUUAAUAAAAUUUCCAAAUCUGA